AUGCUGGCGGUGUCCCUCAGGCCGGGGCCUUCGCUCGCGGCCUUCCCCGCUUCCGCCCGGAGGAGCCCAGUCCCCUUCCUCCUCUUCCCUGCCCGCCUGCACCACCGGCCCUGCUGCUCUCCGCGACCGCCGAGGGAACCGGCGCCCCCGCCGACCAGGGAUACGCCUCGGCUUCCCCGGUCGACGAGGCGCGCCUGCCGCAGGUUCGUUUCGUGGGCCCUAGCUACCCUCUUCUCGCCUGCUGGCUUCUGGAUCGCGCGGCUCGGCUCGGCUCGUCUGCUGCUCGAUGAAAUGCCGACGUUGAGGUUCACUGCGGACUGGGAAGCCGCGCGCGCGGGUAAGGACCAGGGGAGGAUCUUCACGCUGCCGGUGCUGAGGGCCAACAGCGGUGGGCUCAUUGUCAGGUUCAACUCCCUGCAGGGGUUCGUGCCCAACCCUCUCCUCAGCCCCGCGCACUGGUGUAAAGACCCCAAAAAGCCCAUCCAAGAUAUUACGAAAGACCUAGUAGGAACGUCCAUUUCUGUCAAGGUGGCUGAAGUGAAUGAGGAGGAAAGGAAACUUGUCUUCUCUGAGAAGGAUGCUAGUUGGUCAACGUACUCUUCCCAAAUAAAGAUUGGCGACAUCUAUGAUGGAAUUGUGGGCUCAGUGUUCCCCUAUGGUGCAUUUGUUCACCUGCGAUUUCCUGAUGGACUAUAUCAUCUUACUGGUCUUGUACAUAUCUCCGAGGUGUCUUGGGAUCUUGUCCAAGACGUCCAGGAUUUUCUAAACGAAGGAGACGCUGUCAAGGUCAUAGUUGUGAACAUUGAUACGGCAAAGUCAAGGAUAGCUUUAUCUAUCAGACAAUUGGAGGAAGAUCCUUUACUGGAGACAUUGGACAAAGUUAUCCCUUUGGAAGCUGAUCAAUCACCUGAUCGUAUGAUGUCUCCUUCAGAAGUUGAACUUCUGCCAGGACUUGAUGGCAUAUGUAAUGAACUAUUGCAAGAGGAUGGUAUAACAGAUGUACAGUUUGGGCGCCAAGCAUCGGAGAAACGUGUUGUUUCACAAGAUUUGGAGCUUUGGCUUUCCAAUGCUCCAGCUAAGGAUAACAAGUUCACACUUCUUGCACGAGCUGGGAGGCAGGUCCAGGAAGUGUAUUUGACCACUUCCCUAGACCAGGAGGGCAUAAAGAAAGCUGUGCAAAGAGUACUAGGGCGUGUUCCUUGA